AUGGUGAUUCGAGGCGGUGGAAUAGGAGAUGCAAACCAGACCCUGCGGAUAGGCAAAGACCUCCAUGACAUGAAUAGAGAGGAGGUAGAUGCAAGGCUGUGGCUAGAACAGGACAAGAUGAAGAGAGAACGGGAGAAGGUAGAGAAGAAGAUAGUUAAAGUAGAACCAGAGAUCAGGAACGUUGAGGCAAGAACGGAGAAGGUAGAGAAGAAGCCAGUUGCAGUAGAACCAGAGAUCAGGAACGUUGAGGCAGAAAAACACAAGGACUUGAAGAAGCAGGUAUCGCAACUUCAUGACAAGGGGACCAACAAGAAGUUCAUCAAGAAAAUAACGCAGGAAAUAAAGUACCUUCGAAAGGAAAACAAGCAACUUCGAAAGGAAAUGAGGCAACUUCGAGAUAAUGUGAAUGAGAAAAAAAAGAGCCUUUCCUGGUCAGAGACAAUGCUGGAUCUUAGUCAAGCAGGAUACAGGAAAGCUUCAAUGAGCAAUGGCGUUUCCUUGAGGAGAAGGCCCUCCGGGGACAGGGAAGACGACGACGACGACAUGUUUCCUGCUAUGGCAAAGCAUGGAAGCGAGAUGGAGGGUGAUGUGCGUACGACUCUGGAAGGCGGGUCCUGUCAGCCUGAUACAGGGGACGAGAUAGAGGACUUCCUUGAAGGAUGGGGAGGGGUCAGCGAAAAGUACCUUCUGUCCUUGGACGGUUACCUGGAGGGGAAUCCAGAACAUGAUAAUUUGCUCAGCGUCUGCAUGCUAUGGCGCCGUCGUGACAUGGAGAAUCGACGGCUUGUCGUUACGACUUCGAUGGGUGCUCGAAUAAAGGUGUAUUCUGAGCAAGAUAUGAUAGAAAGGAUCAAGGAAAUGAAAGUAUACUCGUGGAUGCUUGAGGAGUACAAGGAAGCCGUCAAGCACGACCUUCUGUACAAAAAUGUAGCUAACAUGGUGGGAACGAGCUUGGGAACGAGGAAUACGAUGAGGAAGCAGGAGACCGAACAGGAGAGAAGAGCGAGAGAGGUUGAGUCCAAAUAUCAGAUUGUUGGAGGCUCAUGUCGGUACAUGUUCCAAUACACGACAGCAGAGGCGAUUGAACAACUGCAUUUCGCGAUGGCUUCUGUGGAUAAUUUUGAAACGCUGAUGGAUUCGAAAACGGGAGACCGAGCAAAGCGGAUGGUGAAUCGGCUGCAUGCAAUGUAUCGUGUUGGAGACAAUGUGCACUGGGGGCUUCUCAGCAGGUUUGUCGCCACAGAGCUAGCACAGAGGCUUGGAGAAGCUUUUGUGAGAAAGAUCGAGCAGUUGGUGGGGAUCGCUGAGAAUCCGAUACUUCGUGGUGUGUUGUUUGAGAUGCUAUUCUUUGCUCGGAUAGGAAACGAGCAAGGGCUACGUGUGACCAGUAGGACAGGAGAAGAAGUCCAUUGGGAGAGCUAUGCUGUGAAGACGUUUGACCCAACACAACUCUAUACGUCUGGAAUCGAGAGGAGUGUAUGCCUGAAGCCAAUAGCUUGGAAUCAGGGCGGCUACGACGCUGUGAUUGUAGAUCUAAGGGAGAGGAUAGUGCGCUUUGUGCAGGUGACAGCGGCAAGCAAGCAUGACCUGAAAUUGCAGUACUUUGCAGACUGCAUGGAUGCCUUGAGCAUCGAAAGAUGGGAUCAAUGGAAGAUGGAGAUUGUUUUCGUCGUCACAAAGGACAAUCUUGCAAAGUUCAGUCUGAGCGAGGUGGUCGAGGAAGGCGCGCUCGCGAGGUAUGGUUGGAGAGCCGGAGAGGAAGCGAGCAAAGCAUGUGUGGUUGGGAUGGACCCUAGAGCACAAGGAUGGAGCAGCAGGAUAGGAUGA